ACAAAAGAUCAUUAGUCCAGCCGAUAACGCUACAUCAUUAUUACUAAAAACACGUGUCAUAUGUUUGUAAUAUUUUCUAAUUGAAAAAUGGCAAAAAAAUUGGUUGCAAAAAUUGGACCAUCGAUUCUCAACGCUGAUUUGGCACAACUUUCGGAAGAAUCGCAAAGAUUAAUUAAUAAUGGUGCUGAUUAUUUACAUUUAGAUGUUAUGGACGGUCAUUUUGUACCUAACCUUACUUUUGGCCACCCAUUAGUAAAAUGUCUUCGAAGUAAAGUAAAAGAUGCUUUUCUUGAAACGCACAUGAUGGUCUCUAAUCCUAAUCAGUGGAUAGAACCAAUGGCUGAUGCUGGUGUCAACCAAUAUACAUUUCAUGUUGAACCAGUGAAGGAUGUUCCAUUAAUUUGUAGAAAAGUAAGAGAAGCAGGAAUGAAAGUUGGCGUAGCACUUAAACCAGGGACUCCGGUAGAUGUAGUUGUAGAAUAUGUUGAUCUAGCAGAUAUGGUAUUAAUUAUGACUGUAGAACCAGGUUUUGGUGGUCAAAAAUUCAUUGAACCAAUGAUGGAAAAAGUAUCAUGGCUUAGAAAAAAUUAUCCUACAUUGGAUAUAGAAGUUGAUGGAGGUGUUGGACCAGAAACUAUUAAUGCCUGUGCAAAUGCUGGUGCAAAUAUGAUUGUUUCUGGAACAGCCGUCAUAGGUUCUUCUGAUCAAGCAAAAGUUAUCAGAACUUUAAGAGAUACAGUAAAUUGUGCGUUGCAAAAUAGUUGAAAAUAAAAA